AUGACUAGUAACAAUGAUGAUGGUGAUAAUAAUUUAGAAGAACUUAAUUUAUCUGUUGAGAUUAUUAAUGAGUAUGAUAAUGGAUCACAAGAACAAUUAGAUGUAUUAGAAGCAUAUCAAACCAAUAAUGAUGAAGAAGAAGCAAGAGAUAAUAAACUAGAUAAUCAAGAGAUUAAUGGGGAAGAGAAACAAGUUGAUACCAUCAAGAAUAAUAUUGAAGAUGGUGAUAAUAAAUUAAACAGUCAAGAUAUUAAGGAUGAAAAAGAUGAUGACGAUGAUGACGAUGAUGACGAUGAUGACGAUUUUGAUGAUUUUAAUGAAGCUAGUUUCCAACAAGCACUGACAACUGGUUCUACAAAUAAAGAAGUCAGUGAAGCCAACAACAACAACAACAAUGAAGAUGAUGAAAAUGAAGAUGAUGAUGAAUUUGGUGAUUUUGAUGAUUUUCAAGUCUCCCAACAAUCAUCCCCACCACAAUUACAACAACAACAACAACAACAAUCUCAAUCAAGUUCAAUUAAUCAAAUUAGUUUUCCAACUUCAAUUUUCAAUUCACCAAAAGAAUUUUCUCAACAAUUAACCAAUAUUCUUGAUGAAAUAUUCCCUACAACAAUUAUCAAAAAUGAUACCUCUUCUUCACCAAUACUAAAAGACAAUACUAUAUCUUCUAAACAAUUAUUAAAUGAACGAUCACAAGAAAUUUAUCAACAAUUAUCUACAUUACCUUAUUUACAACCAACAAAUUGGAUAAAACUGAAUAUUCGUCAUAAUUUACUUAUAAAAUUAGGUAUACCCAUAAAUCUUGAUGAAUUGAAUGAAUCAACUACAACCACCAAAAAUAAUUUUCAAAAUGAAUUUAAAGUUCCAAAUAAUAACACUUCUAUUGGUGUUGGUGUUGGUGUUUCUAAUUCUGGUUUUAGUUUUGGUUUUGGUUCACGACGAAAAUCAUCAAUUUCUAUUGAUGAUAUAAAUUGGAAACAAUUAGAAAUUGAUUUAGAUUUAAAAAUUCCUAAAUUUGAAUCAUUAAAUAUUGAUAAUAAUUUAAAAAAUUCAUUAAUUGAUUCAACUUUAAAUAAAUUAAAUCAAUUUGAAUUAGAUAAUUUAUAUCAUAAUAAUCAUAAUAAUACUAAUAGUAAUAGUAAUAAUUCUCAAUGGAUUGAUGAAAAAUUAUUAAAAUUAACCCUGAAUUAUAAUGAAUUAUUAAUAUUAAGUAGUAUUUGGAUUAAUCAAAUUGAUUUAUUACAUGAAGAAUUUGAAAUUUAUGAAAAUGUUAUACAAAGUUUUAUUGGUUAUAAUCAAAAAUUACAUCGUGAAGAAAUUUUUGAAAAUUUGAAAAAAUUGAAAAAAAAAAACAAGAAAAAGAAGAUAGGUAAGAAAUAA